ACGUACGAGUCAAGUUCACCGCAGUUACCCGGCUAACUGCCGGGGCAGUAUAUUAAUGAUUGACACGCACAGUAUGAACUUUGCUUCUCGAGUUUCUUGAAGAUAUAAAUACAGAGUGUUGUAUAUGUACCUACCUAUUCACUCUUAAAAGGGGGUAACGCAGUAAAUACUAGAGUCUGAGAAUGGGUUCUACGGCAACAGACCUUGCGGAUUGGGAUGAUUUGGUUCUGAAGGCGUUGGAGAAAUGGAAGGUGCCUGGAAUGUCUGUCGCGGUGGUUCAUGAGGGGGAGUCGUGGGCCAAGGCCUACGGAGUCGCGGAACUACCCGACAAACCACUUUCCACAGACUCUCUCUUCCAAGGAUGCAGCACCACCAAAGCAUUCACCGCCGCUGCCACAGCGCUUGUCAUCGACGACGAGAGCAGCAACCCCAGCGAGUCGCAGCUCAAAUGGGACACGCCUAUCUCGUCCGUCAUCCCCGAUGAUUUCGUGCUUGCAGACCCCUACGCGACUGCAAACACCACGUUUGAAGACGCCCUGUCGCAUAGGUCUGGUCAGCCAGCGCAUUUCAUGAGAUUGCGAUUUGCGCGCACUGAUGAAAGCACUCAGUUCGCAGUACGCGCUCUUCGCCAUAUGCCGCUGGCGUAUGCGCCGCGGACGACUUUCGAGUAUAAUAAUUUCAUGUAUAUUGCUGUGAGCCAUGCGCUUGAGCAACGGACCAGGGAGGCACUCGGAUCGUUUAUGAAGAGGCGGAUAUGGGAGCCGCUCGGCAUGCGAGAUACGUAUUUCGACGUCCGCGAGGUAGAAAAGACGCCGGGUUUAAAGGAGCGACUGGUGCAGGGUUACGACUGGUUCGAGGAAGUGGGCAAUUACAAAGCGCAGCCGAACGUCAACUACGGGCCUACCAAAGGCGCAGGCUCGAUGGUCAGUACCGUGCUCGACUAUGAGAAAUGGGUCAAGGCGUUGCUCGCCAAGUCGACGCCGCUGAGUAAAGAUGCCCACGAGGCCCUGUUUCGCCCGCGAUCGAUCGUGUCGUCAGAGCAAUUUGCUACGAGUAAGCCCGGCGCGUGGGCGCAAUUGUACGCGCUCGGGUGGUUUGUUGAUAGCUAUCAAGGCAUUCCAUUCUUCUGGCACACGGGUGGAUGGCCCGGUACCGCCAUUCUCGUUGGAUUGGUUCCCAGCAAGAAUUUCGGUUUUGUGAUGAUGUCCAAUUCCAGCAGUGCCUCUGACAUGUACAAGACUCUGUACACGCAUCUCUUCAAGAAAUAUCUCAACCUGCCGCUUUCACAAGACCCCGACAACAGCCAGACAAAGCCGACAGAAGAAAAACCACAGACAUCUGCCGACGCCAUCCAGCGGUUUUUCAAGUCUUUAUCCCUCGACGAGGCUACUCCUCCGUCUGUGCCGCUCUCAGCGCUAACCGGCACAUAUUCACACCCAGCCUAUGGGUCGAUGACGAUCACGUUGGAGGAUGAAACGCUCCGCGCAGAUUGCAUGGAUCGGGUACUAGGGGCGAUCGUCGACCUGGAGCAUGUCACAGUCAAUCACUUCCUCGCCAAAUCGUAUCUACCAGGCUGGGGCAAAGCGACGGUAGAUUAUUUUGCGGCUGAAUUUCAUAUUGCGUCGAGCGGGCGGCCGGAUCGGCUGGGGAUCAAGCUAGAGCCUGCAUUGGAGGAUAUGAUAUGGUUCGAUAUAUCGAGUGCUGUUAGUGCAGAGUAGGCCUACCAUCCAUGCAUAGGAGUAGACGGUAGAAACAUUGAAUGAGGGGCAGAAUGGUAUCAUGGGGGAUGAUGAUGACGAUGACAACAUUGAACUAUACGUAAUGAGGAGCUCGGGAAGGGAGCGGGCCUGGGUCUCCUUCUUGGAGGUGGCCCCGCCACUAAUGUCGCGAUUGAUGUACAACUUCAUUGCAUUUAACUU